AGAAGUGAACGUUUUUGCACAAUGAUAGCAAGGUAUAUGAGAGUUAUUUAUUUAAUUGUUGCUAUCGUUCAUGUUUCUUAUCAGCAACAAGAAGAAAUAAAACCCGAAGUGAUUGGAACAUGCGGUGGAAGGUACACUGGAUCGAGAAGCGGGAGUUUUUCCAGUCCAGGCUUCCCCUUUACCAACUACAACACAACAGCCAAUUGCACUUACGAGGUUGAAGCACCUUCAGGUUAUCUUAUUGCAUUUCAGAGCACAUACAUGGACAUCGAGCCUGUGGUACUGGGUGUUUGCUUUGACUUUGUUGCGGUUUACAAAACUGGUAACCUAAAUGACGAACCCGAAAAAUUUUGCGGCAGUUCCAGUAUUCCGUUAGACUCGACUACAGGCAAUCGGCUAAUAGUCGUCUUUCAAAGUGAUCUGACUUUCAACUACCCGGGGUUCGUUGUUACUUGGGGUUGGGUCGACCCAUCAAUUCUGCCACCCGUUUUAGAGUGUAAUUUCGACGGAGCUAUACCUUUAUGUUCAGGUUGGACGCAAUUCACUUACGAUUUAUUUGACUGGUCGCUUGAUCGAGCGAGAUAUGCGGGCUCCGUUAUAGGCAUACAAGAGGACCAUACGACAGGCACUAUAGUUGGUAGAUACGCAUAUAUCACCUCUGAGGGAAGAAAUUUAGGAGACAACGCUAUUCUGCUAUCACCAACUGCGUAUGUUAACGAUGAUGAAUAUUGCUUUAAUGUUUGGUAUCGUUCAACGGGUGAUGGAUAUCUGUACAUUAUCAAAGUCAAUAGUGAUGGUUCCGCCGAAUAUAUCUUUUCCAGUUCCACCGCAACCGACCAAGAAUGGCGAGUGGCAAGGGUACCAAUUCCACAGACGGCCACCCCAGUACAAAUUGCUGUUGAAGGCGUCAUCGGAAAUAACUCGACGCUUGCAAUAGAUGAUAUGCAAUUAUCGAAAGGUCCAUGUCAAACUAUAACCACAUCAACAGUUACACCAAGAGUUUCAGUAACUCCUCGUGCAACAACCACACAACCUACAACGACAAGAGAAAUUUUAACAACCAGAGAAAUUUUAACCGAAGAUCCUGUGAUUGAGACUACAACGAUGCACCCAGCUGUCCAACAUAUAUUAAAUACCUUACACAAUAUGUUUGUUAUGAUCGUGGAAUGGGUCAGGCAGAAGGAGUAUUAACUUGUCCGCAACGGGAAAUUCCGUGAUUAUAAACUAUAUUGUAUUAAUCGUCAACAAUCCGUUUUAAAUCCUUGCAAUCCGAUUACACAUCAACGCAAUGUUUUAUUUAAGUACUCGUACAACGUAAGGGUAAUUCCAGUAAGUUUAAUUAUUUUUAUCAUAGAAACUGAAGUAAUAUAUAAUAUACAACAUCGUAGCUUAUACAGGUUAAAGCUUGUCAACCUUUUUUACGGUUUGUUUUGUCGUAUCACCAGAUAACAGAAUAAAUAUGCUGUUCGUUGAAAUAAAUACAGGACUUAAUCAUGA